UUUCCAGAUUAGUUUUUGUUAAUAAAUUGUUUUUUGUCAUCAACAAAUUGUAAUAAAAUAUCGUUAAGAGAAGGUUAGUUUUGUAAUCAAAUAUAAUAAGAGACAAAGAGAAGAUGAAGAUUCUAGAGACAAACUCAAGAUUAGAGACACUCGACUUAAAGAGAGUUGAGAAUCUGUAUAUGUGUUGUGUAUUAGUAUGCUUUCCUAAUCCUACUAUGAACUAUAUUUAUAUAGUUUUCUACUAGAAAAUUUCUAUUUCUAACCAAUGUGCAACUAAAUAACACAAAUUUAUAUUUUGAAAUAAAAACAUUCCAUUUCUAGUUAAUAUAGAAAGAAACAUAAAUAUUAUUUUAUUCACAUUUGGCAAUACAUUUUGACUAGAAUCCUUUAGCACUAUAAAUAUAAAGCAAUCAAAAGAUCUUAUAAAGUUUAGAAUUGAAAAAAAAAAAAAAAGAUUUUAAACAAGCUGCCAAAUGUUUUUGGAAAGAGCUUCCACCAGUCCACCACUUGAGCAUAAAAAAAAUAAUUGUCAAACUAGUUGUACUUCUGCUAUACCCAUUGGACUGUAAGGAAAAUUGCUCUUAAUUCAGCUUCCAUGGCUGAACCUGCUUUCUCCAUUCUUCCAUGUAGCAUCUGUAAAAAGCACCAUCAACGAUGGCUAGAGUUCACCAACCAUCCAUUCCUUAUGUCUCCUGGGCUCAAUAUUUCACCUAGAAUAUUCUUCAGACUUAACAAAAUCCAUGAAAGACUUUGAACUUUUUGCCUAACUACCUCCAAUGGAUAGAAAAAUGCAACCUACUCCUUGUAGGGAGGGCUUCAUUUGAAACUCCCCAAAGUAUCACCUCGUUUUGAAUGAGAGAGAAUCGAAAGAAUUCUUUCUUAUCUAUUUGAAUGAAAGAUUACAAGCUUUAUAUAUAUUGAGCUAGAGCUAACAACACUAACAAUGUAAAGACCGCCUAACUUUAAUAUAGUAGAUCAUGAAAUAAUUAGAGUUUAAUUAUGAGAUUGAGUUAUAAAUCAUGAUUUACGCAUUUGUGGAGAUUUAUAUGAAUUCAGAUUAUGCUAUUUAUGAUAUAUGUGUAUUUCUUGUUUAUCGUAUUUUGUGCCUAGUGGCAGUGGAACGCGACGUUGGGCCAUUAGAGAGUCACGUUUUUAUAUGGUUUAGAAUUUUAUUAGUAGCGGGACAACAUGGUUGAUCAUUGGAAAUAUCGGGAAAUUGUUGGAUUGGAUCGGAGUCCGAGGGACAAUACUUGCAUUAUAUUCCUCUUCAAAUUCUUCUUUGCACCUUUCAUGCUUGCUUUACAUGUUUUUCAUUGAGAUUUUUACACCUCAUGUCAAAAUUGACAUCUUUUUUACAUUUUUAUCAAUACACGGUUUUUUAAACUUUUUUAACUUUUACAUUUUUCAAUUUUACUUUUCAAAAAGUUUCAUAAUUACAAUUUUACCUUUUUCCUUCUUCCUUACACACGUACACGCACGCCACCUCAUAACUCCUUUCUUAUUUUUUUUUUGAAUUUUUCAUUUAUCUGAUUCUUCCACUCUUCAAACCGAGCUUCCCACGAUCACCAUUAUCAAGCCCUAACCCAUUUCUUCUUCCCACGAUCACCUUCUCCAAGCCCUCACCCACGUUUUCCUCAACCUACAUUGUCAUGCUCCACUAUAUUUUUUCUAUAUAAAUGGCAUCCACUAGAAGUGGUUCGAAAUCACCAUCUCCGGCGAAGAAACUUUCUAAAAAAUCGAAGAAGCCUCCAACUGUUACUUCCAAAGUCGAAGCUAAGAUGGGGUUAAAAAAAAUUGCUAAAAAUUUAGUGGGUGAUGUUCCAGAGACAUCGGGCACUAAGAAAAGAGCCCUUCCAGUUAAGGCCGAUGCUCAUAAGCCUAAGAGAGCAAAAAUUUCCAAGUCUGCACGCGAUGUAAGUUUCUCUUUGUUGUUUUUAAAUUUUUCUUUAGUUUUUUUUCUGGUUGUUUUAUUUGUGGUGUUACAUUUGAUGAUUUAAAGUUUUCCCCAUUUUUUGUUCUAGGUUUCCUCAGAUUCUGAUUUUGAGGAUGAAGUGCAUGCUGAGGACCAAAAGCCUAAAGUUAAAUCGAAGGUCCAUGCUAGGACCUCAGAGAAGGUUGAAGGAUUUGACUUACCAAAGAAAAAUCCCCCUAAGGUGUCCUUUUUUUUUAAAAAAAAUUAUUUUUAUUAUUUGUUUUCUGUUUUUGUUUUAGUUUUUGUCCUGAUUUAUUUUGUUUCAAUUGAUACAGGAAUGAGAUUAUAUUUAUGACCAGAAGAAUCUCUUCAUUGCGAAAGCCUUUUCGACUGCUACUUUCCAGGUGAUAGAGAACAUUAAGUCUUGUCUUUCAGAUGUACAGCUUGAAAUGUUUUCCAAAACCUGUUUUGGACAUUUCCUUAACCUUCCUGAUUUUAAAGUUCAUCCCCAAGUGUUUCACGGGUUGUUGCUCCGGGAGGUUCAACAACCUAAUGAUGCUGAGUUGUGGGUAAUGAUACGCGGUGUUAGGCUUAGGUUUAGCAUUGAGGAGUUUGCUUUGAUUACUGGGUUAGACUGUGACUGUGACUGUAGUGUUUUAGAUUUUAAGCAAGACGUUAAUAGUCUUUGUGAAAAAUAUUGGCCAACUUCGUCCUCUAUCACUAAGGAAUCUGUUAGGGAAUGUUUUACCACCAAGAGGUGGGGUGAUUCUGAUGAGGAUGCUGUGAAGUUGGCAGUUUUGUAUUUUGUGGAGUGGUUCUUGCUUAGUGGCACUAAGCAUAAAAAUGUACCUAAGUCUAUUUUAGAUGUUGUAGAUAGUGGGAGGUACAAUGAAUUUGCUUGGGGCCGGAGUUCUUUUGAAUUGACUAUUUCCUCAUUGAAGGGUAAGCUUGAUAGUUGGGUUGAGGGUGUUAGGAAGGCAAGGAGUUCGGGAAAGAGGCCGAGUAUUUUUUACACUUUGAUUGGUUGUCCUCAUGUUCUUCAAAUUUGGUUCUACGAGUGUUGUAAGUACAUGAAAGGUAAGUACUGCCAAAAGGAAAACUCUCGUAUUCCAAGGAUCACUCAGUGGACAUGCAAUAGUCAGCCUACUUUCAAAGUUUUGAAGACUACUAUUUUUGAUGUUUCCAAAGAUAAGCUGCAACUUUCAAAUAUGAGGCCCACGGCUGGUGAGUUCAAAGCUUUGAAACUGAGCAGUUUCAAGUUUGACACUGACUACAACUCUUACAAGAGUCUUCCUGUUCCCGAAGAGCCAACUGUUGCUCAGAGUGACAUUUCUGUCAAGCUUGAUGAUUUUUCUGAGAAAUUUGAUGGGUUGGAGGUCAAGAUCGAUUUGUUGCAUACUUCCCAACAGAAGAUUUCAUCAGAUUUGGUUGAGUUGAAAGAGUUUGUGUCUGCACAGUUUGUUUCUUUUGGUGCUCAGAUGGCUUCAAUGCAGACACAGUUUUCUACUGUUUUUGCCGAUUCCUAUGCCAAGGACAAAGGCAGUGACUCUUCCAAUGAUGAUGAUGGAAGUGGUGAUGAAGCAGAUUUUGAUUUAAAUGAAUCUGAAGAAACUGAUGACAAUGAAGAAGAGAAUGUUAUGGGUGAUGAAGAAGGUGAGGGUAGUGAAGGUGAAGAGAAGGAUGGUCAAGCUGAUGAAGAUUCUGACUCAAAAGAAAAAAAUGAUAAGGGCAGUGAUGAUGAAUCCACUGAUAGUGAGGAGAAGGUAGAUAAGUAGACAAUGUAACUAGGUUUUAGUUACUUUGUGUGGUUUAUUUUGUUGUAAGUCCGUUUUUUUUUUUUU